AUGCCUCAAUCAAGCAAGGAUAGUCCUCCUCCACCAUUCAACUCCGCCAUGGAUGAAGUGGCAGACAGUAAAGUGUUGGAGCUUGACUCUUUCAACUUUGUUGACAUGAGACCUGACUCAUCCUUCGCUCUGCCAUCUGUCAUCUGGCUCAAGGUGCCCUACACUGGAGUGCUCCAUACAACACAGCUACUAGUGCCAACUAUUAACACUCAGAGAUGA